UCUAGUAUUUCUUGCAAUACUAUAAAUUAUCAAAUAGUUUUAACGUUUGCUCAUUAUAUAACAUCAUAAUUUGUAAAGACGCCUUGUAACUAGUUUUUUUUGUUGACCUUAUUCCUUUCGCUUCUAUAAAUAUACCCACUUAUCGUAAACUUCACAGUUUAUUGUUGAAUUUGCUUAGUUGAAGGUUCUCUUUUUGCAAGAUAUCAGGUAUUAAAAACAAUGGACUUCAGUGAUAAAGUUGCUUUGGUUACGGGUGGAGCGUCAGGACUGGGACUGGAAUGCGUUAAAUGCUUAUUAAAACAAAACAUUAAAGGAGUAACUAUAGCAGAUCUGAAUCCAUCCGGAAUUGAAGUAGCUAAAGAAUUGGGAUCUAAAGUAUUGUUUACGAAGGUUGACGUCACUGAUGAAAAACAAUUUCAAGAAUGCAUGAAAAAUUCAAUGGAAACUUUCGGUGGAUUAGAUAUACUUGUAAACAACGCAGGUAUCAGUUGCGGUGUAAAUUGGGAAAAGGCCAUAAGCGUAAAUGCCACGGCUGUAGCUAGAUGCACGUUUUUGGCUAUGGAAGUAAUGAGAAAAGACAUGGGCGGUAAUGGAGGUAUGAUUGUGAAUACAAGCUCUAUCUUAGGUCUUAGGUCCACCUGCAUAGCUCCUAUAUACGCUGCCACCAAGAGCUUCGUGGUGAGCUUUACAAGGUCUAUGGGUACCGACUAUUUCCACAAGAAAACUGGAGUUAAAGUGUUGUGUAUUGCACCCGGUUUCACCAUUACACCAUUGACGACUGACGUACCAGAACCUUACACAAAUUUCGAAGAUAUGCAGGACAAUGUAUUGAACGUUUUAAAAAAGCAAAUAUUUCAACAACCCGAUGUUGUUGGACAGGCUUUCAUCGACGUAAUGAAUUCAGGAAAAAAUGGAAGUGUCUGGGUCAUCAGAGACAAUUUACCACUAUAUGAGCAAGAACCUCAAUUUGAAAAUUUAGUUGAUUAAAUAAUAUUUAAAAUAACCUA